AUGGAGUGGGUUACCAGAUUAUUUCCAGGCGUUCUUUUCAUAGUUUCUUCAACAGAUUCCUUUAGAACUGCCUCCAAUGUAGCCUUGAACAAGCCUGCCUGGCAGUACACAAAGGAUCCUGGAGCUGGUUUCUGGUCCGCAAGUAACGCGGUGGACGGUGACAAAACAUGUAGUCCUGUGGACAGUCAUCAUUUCACCUUAUCCGGGUAUGGAAACCCUCCUUGGUGGCAGGUGGAUCUUGGAGCUAAUGUUCCACCGGAGAGUAUGGAGCCGGAUGUACGUCCAAUUGCGGUCAGUGCAGUGGCGGGAACACAACGUGCAACGUCUACAGCGGUCAUUGUCCGAGCGGAUGUGCAUCCGGAUACAAAGGAGAUGUAUGCUCAACUCAAUGUUCCCCCGGAGAGUAUGGACCAGGAUGUACGUCACAUUGCGGUCAGUGUAGUGGCGAGAACACAACGUGCAAUGUCCACAGCGGCCAUUGUCCGAGCGGAUGUGCACCCGGAUACAAAGGAGAUUUUUGCUCAACUCUCAAUAGUAGCAUGUAGAGACGGAACGUUUGGCGAAGACUGUAUCCACCAUUGUCCUUUUUGCACGAACGGAGAUUGCAACAAACGAGAUGGAACAUGCCGUAAAGGAUGUUUAAAGGGAUAUAUGGGACAGUAUUGUGACGAGGAGUCUAAUCAAAACGAAGAUCAGUCGACUCACAAAGACGGAAAUACCAUAGCGGUUGUUGUUGCCGCUGUCUCAUCAACAUUGCUGAAAGAAGAACAGAAGACAGACACCAAUUACUUUACAACGACAGGACCAUCUCAAUCAUCUGAUUAUGAUAGCCUUGACGUAACAGAAAGUUAG